GGCAAAGCUAUUGAGAUGCAGUGUGAUGGACACAAUGGGUGUGACAGACUUGCUGCAUCAACAGGCUUUUUGCUGUUGUGGCCAGAAAUAAACCAUAAAUACCCCCACUGGCAUCCACCGACCGCUCGCCAGGCCUCCACAGCCACACACAUCUUCACACUGAAACAGGCAGGAAGCAGAAAGACAAGACAAAAGGAAAGACGGAGAGCGUGGCUUGUUCGGGGUGUAGAAAAGCACAAGCCAUCCAGAGGAAAUAUGACAGAACAGCAGGGAACCCCAGACCAGCUGCCUGCACAGAAGGGCCAAGGAGGGGCUGGAGCCUCAUAUAAGCUGGUUGUAUUUGAAUUUGAGAACUUUCGUGGAAAAAAGGUGGAGUUGUCUGGUGAGUGUGAAGACAUGUUGAAGAAGACCCAACGAGUCGGCUCGGUCAUUGUGGAGUCUGGACCAUGGGUAGGAUUUGAGUGUCUGGGUUUUGCGGGAGAGCAGUUUGUCCUCGAGAAAGGAGAGUAUCCUCGCUGGAGCACCUGGACCAGUUGUCAGAGUAGCUACACCCUGAGCUCCGUCAGGCCUCUAAAAGUGGAAAGUGCAGAUCACAAAUUGCACCUGUUUGAGAAUGCAGCAUUUGAAGGAAGAAAGAUGGAGAUUGUUGACGAUGACGUACCCAGUCUUUGGGCUCAUGGUUUCCAAGACCGUGUGGCUAGUGCAAAAGUUAUUUCUGGAACGUGGGUGGGAUACACGUAUCCGGGCUACAGAGGGCGCCAGUACAUGUUUGAACAUGGAGACUUCAAGCACUGGAACGCUUGGGGAGCCACUGCACCUCAGAUCCAGUCCGUCCGACGUGUGCGGGACAUGCAGUGGCAUAAGAGAGGGUGCUAUAUUCCUUCCCCAGCCCCUGCCCCAGCACCUGCCCCUGGUCCUGGUCCAGGUCCUGCCCCUGCCCCUGGUCCUGGUCCUUCCCCUGCACCGCCCAAGCCCAACCCCAAGCCCAACCCCAACCCCAAUCCUAAUCCUGAACCUACUCCCAAAUCCCAAACUAAACCCCAGCCUUAACAGCAAAUCCCUGACAACACCCACGCUGACUGGGGAAAGCUGAAUGCAGCUGGCCAAUACCCAGUUUCUCCUCCAUGCUCCUUUUUAGGCGAGGCUUCCUGGCCAUGCAGUUUUGAAAAACUGGAACUGGCAAUAUUGAAACGUGUAUCUCUGAUGGAAAUAAAGGCUUUGGCCCUGA